AUGAGCGGCAAGCGACGCGCUGCGCCGCUCCCGCAGCUGCCCUCAGAGGCGCAGCCGGCUCUGUCGCCAUCCGCGUCGGCGUCUGUUAGCUUCCCGAGGUCAACUUCCCCGUCCGGCAUCACACAGUUCUUCAGCAAACCGACGAAAUGGUUCACGCGCAGCGCGUCGUCGCCCAAGCUCCAAGGACCGGGCUCCAGCGAGCCGCGCGCGUCGACAAGCUCGACGACUAGGAAGCCAAAGAUAUCGCGUCCGACGGAUCCCAGACCCAUCCUCGAUAGCUACAGUUCUGCGGGAUCCAGGUCCGUCCUGGACCUAUCGGCGCGUCCGCAGGCGUCGAUGGACAUGUCAAGAGGGCCGCAACUAGGUACCGGAGACCUGCGCUCAAUAUCUCGCCGCGGCUGGUCCCGCUCCGCGGACGACCUCUCGAAGCUGUCGGCGCCCGCACCUCUGACUCCCACCGCGCAAUUCCAGGACCGUGUUCAACAGUAUCGCAACCGCUCGGGGAGCGCGUCUGCCGCGGUAGCGCCGCAAGUAACCCCGCGCCCCAUCCCAUCCCCCUCGCGCUCGUUAGUGCCGCCUCCUUCGCAGCAUCCGCCAGUCGCUAUAUCCGUCUCUGCCCCUACCCUCGAUGAUGCACCCAUAUUCAGCGAGCCGAUCCAAAGUGGAGAGGCGUCGCCCUCGCAUACGCGCACGUACUCAUUUGCGCCCAAACUGUCUUCACGCCUGGCCCGGAUGCCGCCCAGUCCUUCUCGCAAAGGCUCAGGUUCAUCCGAUCGCGACGUUGCGUGGAUGGAGCGUGAUCCCCGCUCGACUACACUUCUCUCACCGCCGACCGAGAGCCCCGACCCAACACCGAAGCGCUCCUCCCAGGUCAUGUACCACUCUGGCUUCGUCAACCGCCUCACGGACUUCGUGCCCCCUACCAACGAGAACGCGACACCACAUCUAGGUCGCGGAUGGAAAGCGUACAAGGCAGAACUUCGCGGUGCGAGGCUGCUAUUCUUCAAACCUCCCAGUGAUCGUGCGGGCGAAAUCAAGGCGCUCUUCCCGACCACUAUCGUUGCUCCAGGGGACGACGAAGACGAUGAGGAUGCCGGGGACGAAGGGCUUGGAGACGCUCACUGCGCGCAGGAUACUCACUCCGGCGGCUCGGGCGGGGCACAAGAGACCACUGAAGAGGUCAAACCACAAGCUCGUCGCCGUAGGCGCGCGUAUUGGGGGCGCGGACCCCAUCCCGACCUCGCGCGUGCCGCAGAUGGCUCGGUGCAGGGCGGCACAAUGGAGGCGCUGCUGCACGAGGCUGUCUUCGCCAGCACGACUGGUGGGGACGCGCAGCCAGAGUCCGCGGAGUCCACGGGAGGAUCAACGUCGUACGACGCCGCACGGCGUGCGUUCGCGACGGCUGUCCUGGUUGCGUUGCCUUCUCUUGUUGGACGUGCGCGAGUGGAGGUGGAGCUGCUGCGAUGCUGCCAGCAAUUCGUCGAAGGAUGCGAGGAGAAUGCCCAGGAAGAAGCGAAGGAGCGCGUGUCGUGGAUCGCGAAGGAAUACAUUAGGUUGCAUGGCGCGGUGCGCGAUCGUGCAGCGUGGGAGGCUCUGGUGCCCGGGUUGUGCGAAGGGGAGGCAGGAGAGAAGAAGGGCGAGGAAGGAGAGGGCGGUGAAGGCGAGAGGCCAGGUCCGGACACCUUCUCACCUCACAUCGGCACAUUCUCGCCAAGACCUGCAGCAGAAGGACCCUCGAUGCACGAUGCACUGGACAUGCGUCGCACUCGGGCACCCUCUGACUCGUCCCCGCCAUCUAAGCGCUCGGCGGGACCGCCUCCACCGAUCCAGACGCACCCUGCAGCGCUCGACGUACCGAGUAGUCCGCGCGUCCCAUCAAGCCCUAUGCGAUCGCGAACUCCAAGUAGUCCAUCUGCCGUUCGCGGCCCCAUGAGCCCCAUUCGCACGCGCAGUCCGAGCAGCCCGACCACCACUCCGUGGCCGAGCUCGCCCAGGAAAGACUGGUCUGCGCCUGAACCCACUGGCGUCUGGGGCGCCCUUGCGAACGAGGGAUUGUCGCGUAGUGUACUGCUGGCCCUGGAUCCUGCGCUGCUCGCACGCAGCUUGACGGUUUUCCAUGGUAGCGCACUCUCUGGCGCGUCUGGGGAGCUGACGGCGGGCGUUAUGCUGGGCGAAGAUGGUGAAGAGGAGCCAGCGGGAUCCCAAGCGUCUUCGAGCCCGACGUGCUCAUCAAAAGCGUCGCCGAUGUCGGAGACUAAGCUUAUGUUCGGGAGCGACGACGCUCCGCACUGGCUCACGAAGCUAGUCCUUCUUCAAGUGCUGAGCGCGGACGCGGGCUCGGGGCCGAGCAUUGGGCACGGAGACUUCCCUCAGCAGCAAUACCAUGGCGCAACUCUCGCUGUGCCCGUCUCGCCAGCAUCUCCCCGGCGCUCCUUGGACGGGCGGCCAUCGAUGCAGCGCACUCUCAGCUCGUCCCCGCCCAACUCACAGUCAAUGCCUUCGCGACCGCAUACCGGCAGCGCACCGCAGUCUCCCCGCCAGCAUGCUCCAUCAUCGCGCACGCAUACGCGCUCGGAGGUUAUCUCUGUCUGGGCGCGCGUGGGUGAGCUUUGUCGGCAGGCAGGUGACGAAGUCAGCUGGCGCGCGAUCAUGGCGGGCUUGUGCGCUCGCCCGGUGGCGCGACUGGAGAAGGCUUGGAAGCGCGCUGACCCGCAGGCAAUAUCAGCAGUGGAGAGUUGGGUGUAUGGCUUGGGCGGCGGGCCGCAUGUCGCUGAGCAUGGCUCAACCACCGCAGGCGGCGCCGUGCUCGGUGGUCCUUUGGUGACUGUGUGGGGCGGCGAUGCACGUGUGGCUGCGAAAGAGCAGAUCGACAAGUUGCGCGCUAAGGCGGGAGAUGGAGAGGGCGCGAGCUAUGCGAUUGCUCCCCUCCAAACGGUCCGAAAGGAGUUCGAGCUGUUGCGUCAGAAGUUUACCACCUGUCCACGCGAAACCAUCAGCACCGACGAAGAGGAUGUGCGUCGAAUGGUCAACUUCUGGACGCAAGCAGCUGCGGAGGGCGGUGGUGCUGGUGGCAUCGCGGCCAAGUUCCAACGGGUCGAGCAAUUCAUGUCUCUUUCCCUCGCCGCAGAACCUAGGCGGAAAGGCCUGUUCGAGCCUUACUUCUGGCAGCGUCCGUCCGGGCAGCAACCGCCGCAUAACGCGCUCUUGCCGCUCCUAUUCCCAGAGGCGCUACCUACGGUCAGCCUAGUCGACCGCUCGCAGGUCGUACGCGGGCGCGUUGACAGUGACGCAUCCGAUUUCCUCUUCCUGAAAGGCUUCGAUGACCAACUGCGUCCGGAAGACAGGCGAGGCAAGGCCAAGUUCCUUGAAGACAUGGUUGGCGGUACCAAUGGCAUCAGCGCGCUCAGUCAGGGCGGAACAGUCAUCCCCGUGCAUGGCGGCGAACUACUUUUAGUGGUACAGAAGUCCAGCAACAGCGAGUCUUACCCGCCCUCACGAGCCUCCUCUCGUCCCCCGACCCGAGCGUCAUCGCGACCACCUAGCAGUACCACCGACCAUGGCUCGUCGACGGACAAAUCCGCGUUCAGUCGUGCGCCGUCUAUCCGUGUCAAGCCUGGCGCAUCCGCUGGCUUGGAUCGCAAGACAAGUGUUGCGCGCCGGAACUCGUUACCGUCCCUCUCUACCCGCCGCGACCUGGUGACAGCAGAUAAGUCGUCGGAGCCACCGUUGCGCGUCCUUGUUCGCGCUGGAACUUUGAAUCACCUCGUUGAUAUCCUUGUGCACGGAUUGCACCACGUAUCGGUCUCAGUCACGGACGAUAACGGCGAGAUGACUUUGAAGGAGGGUAUGACGCGAGAGCUGUACGUCGAUCGCGCGGAGUUCGCCCGGGUAUGGUGGAAUGUGUUCAGGACUUUCUUGACUCCCAUUGUCUUCUUUGAAUUGCUGCGCAAGGAGUACAUCAAGUUCCAACCUCGGGGAUCUCCGCCUUCGGCGGAAGAAUACCUGCUCGCUGUCGACCUUCGCAGCGAGGUCAUCGAUACGAUGAGGGAGUGGCUUUGCUGUGGCAAUGGCGCUCAGGACGUCCUCGACGACAAUACCCUGUACCAUGCCUUUCACGACUUCCUGCACAGCGACAGCGACCAUAUAUCUAUCGACGUCAAGAUUGUCCCGGAGGAAGUCGCGCGUGCGUUCUCCAAGCUCGAGCGACUGCGUGAAAGCCUCCAGGCAACCUUCGAGUCCCAGGUCAUGCGGCCCUCUCAUGCGCACGCACAUCCUCAGAUGCGGCCACCGUUGCCCACCUCAGGCUCGCGCCAGCGGCACGUCAGCGGCAGAGGUCCUCUCGACAUCGAUGCGGUGGAACCGGAAGAGCUCGUCGACGAGCUUGACGCCAUGGCUGCGGCAGCUUUCAGCAAUGUUACGGAAGAGGACCUGUACGUUACUGCAGAUCUCCUCGAGGUACAAAGCGCGGAUCGCACGGGCUGGUUCCUUCCAAAGGACAGCACCGCGACGGAAGACACCGUGGAGAUCCAAUCCAUGCACACCGUCAUUCACGAGGUCGAAGCGUCCUCCAUGAUAUCCGAGCUCACCCAGGACACGCUGUACCGCCUCCUUCCUCCUGGUAUCCGUAGCUGCAUCCGAGCACAUCUCAUUCUGCGCAAGUGGAUCGUGUCCAAGAUCGUCGCUCCUCGGCUUGGACUGAAGGGACGCCAAUCUAGGAUUGAGCUUCUACUUCGCGCUCUCGAAGUAUGCCGGCUUCGAAACUUGGAGGGUCGUAGGGACAUCAGCAUCGCUCAGAGCCACUGUGUGCGCUCCUUUGCGGAGGCGACGAUUACCUCCGCGAUCAUCAGCGUCGAGAGUCGGGCGCAUUGGCGUGCAUGGAACAACGUUGCGAUGAACCGAAGCGCGACAUGCGAUUCACUCGUCUCCCUUCUGGCUGUCCCCGCCAUGCACUCCGUCACGGACGACAUGCUCACGGUCGACAUCGGCUGGCUCUUCGAGCGCAUGUUGGAGAUCAUCGUCUCGCCAGACAUCCUCGACCCAGUGAAUGCGGAUGGCCAGGGACUCAUCAACUUCGACAAGCGCCGUCACCUAUGCAGCAUCCUGAACAACGCGCCCAACCUAUUCCGCACCCGCAACACACAUCGCGAUGACUUCACAAGGCGCAACUUCGACCGUCUGAAUGCCGUCGAGACAGAGGUGGCUCCGCUUCUGUUCGAUCUCCGCGGCAUCAAAGAGGAAGCUGCCCGUGAAGCCAUGCAAGCGUCCGCUAGCGCGUCCGGAAAACGUGUCGUCCGCCCGUUCCAGAAACUUGUCUCUGCGCAAAUUGAGAAGAACCGACGGGAUAAGGGCUUGCGUACGCGAAUGCAGCGCGAAAAGCAGCAGGAGCAGAUGCGUAGCGAGAAGCGCGACGACCAGCUCACCAAGGCGAUGAAGCCACGCAAGCUAGCGCCCGCUCCCCUACCGAAGCACGCGAGGAACAAGAAGUCUAUGUCGUCCCUGUUCAACUUCAUGCGCCCGAUCUCGAGCGCGUUUGGCGCGGACCUGAUGCAUUCGCCGGGUGUCAAGCGUACAGCUGCUGAGCUCGACUUCACUCCAUCAAGCAAACCAGCCAUGGCAGUGAACCUCGCUGAGGCGAGGGUCAUGCAAUUUAUCAAUACCGAGCGCUCUUACACCUUCCAACUGGAGACUGAAGACGGCGGGCAUUAUCUUCUGCAGGCUUUGUCGCGGAAGGAGAUGAUGAAGUGGGUCGACACCAUCAACAAGGUGGCGAAGAUUACGGCGAAGCGGCGGCUCACAUACAUCGGCAACUCGCCCAAGCCUCAAAUUGCUGAUCACCUUCAUGCUGACCCGCUUCCGACGGGCAAGGGUCCUCGGGCAGUGUUCGGCAUCGAUCUGGACGAGCUGCUUCGUCGGGAAGCUGGCGGCGAAGACGUUGCGCCUGGCUCCGUGCCGUCUAUCAUUGACCAAUGCAUCUCCGAGAUCGAGACGCGAGGACUGACGGAAGUUGGAAUCUAUCGCAUUGCUGGCGCUGUCUCCGAGAUCAACGUGCUCAAGGAGGCAUUUAAUAGGGGCGAAUCGCCCAUUAAGCCGCACACGGAUAUUCAUGCCGUCUGCGACGUUGUCAAGUCCUGGCUGCGCGUUUUGCCUGAUCCUGUCUUUCCGCAUUCCUUGUAUCACGAAGUCAUCGAGGCGACUCAACUCGAGUCUCUUGACGACAGGAUAUUCGCUAUCCGCGGGAUCAUUCAUCGGCUUUCUCAGUCGCACUAUGACCUUUUGAAGCGCAUCGUCGAGCAUCUGGACAAAGUGGCUGACUACGAAGAGCAUAAUCAGAUGACGGCCGAAGCUUUGGCCAUCGUCUUCAGCCCCAAUCUUCUUCGUGCACCGCAAAACGACUUCUCCCUUGUCCUUGCGAACAUGGGCCACAGCAAUAAGCUGGUGAAAACGCUCCUUACGCAUAUGCAUGCUAUCUUCGCCGAACCCGAUGAGGCAGAUAUGGAGGGUGAACCUGAUGAAGACGAUCUCGAGUCAGCCAUCAUCGAGGAGGAAGACGAAGACUACGACGAAGAGGAGGAGAAGCGCCUGAGCGUGCAGAACUACGUCACGGUCGAUGAUGAACCGCCGUCUUUAGGCGUCCCUAUACCCGACAGCAGCCUUGGCUGA